CGUCCUCUGUAUUCCCAGGACUGUCCAGAGGAGAAGGUCCCGGAGAAGUCUCAGAUGAGAAAUCAGAGAGAAGAUCUGACUGAUAUUAAAGUGGAGGAUGAAGAAGAGCGGAUAAUGGGCGAUCCCCCGAUUGAGGUGGAGGAGGACAUUCCAGGAGAUGUCACCACAGAGAAUCCCAAUAAGAAUUCUGAGGAUGUCAUCUUAUCACUAAAUUAUAAUGUAGAAGAUAAAGAUAUCACGCCACACCCUUUAGGAGGAAACCUCAUUACUCUUAAUUUAUAUCCAGGACUUCACAGCACAGAUCUGUCAUGUAAUCUCUCUAAUCACAAGGAACCUUCUCCUGACCAAUCAAAAAUUAUCACAAAUGCAGGUCAGAAAGGGGGUAAAUGUUUUCCGCAUGGUAAAGAGUUCACAAAAUGUUCAGGUCUUUCUACACACAAAAUGACUUGCACAGGGAGGAAGCCAUACUCCUGUUCAGAAUGUGGUAAGUGCUUUACAGAUGAAUCCCAUCUUGCUACACAUAAGAAAAGUCACACAGGGGAGAAACAAUAUUCAUGUGCAGAAUGUGAGAAAUGUUUUACAGAUAAAUCAAGUCUUGUUAGACAUGAGAAAAUUCACAAAGGAGAGAAGCCAUAUUCAUGUUCAGAAUGUGGUAAAUGUUUUACACAAAAAUCAUAUCUUGUUACACAUCAGAGAAGUCACGCAGGAGUGAAACCGUAUUCCUGUUCAGAAUGUAGGAAAUGUUUUGCCCAGAAAUCAACUUUAGUUAUACAUGAGAGAAGUCACACAGGGGAGAAACCAUAUUCAUGUUCAGAAUGUGGGAAAUGUUUUGCAGAUAAAAGAAAUCUUGUUACACAUGAGAGAAUUCACACAGGACAGAAGCCAUAUUCAUGUUCAGAAUGUGGAAAAUGUUUCACACAAAAAUCUAAUUUUGUUUUUCAUGAGAGAAGUCACACAGGAGAGAAGCCAUAUUCAUGUUCAGAAUGUGGAAAAUGUUUCACACGAAAAUCACAUCUUGUUUUACACGAGAGAAGUCACAAAGGAGAGAAGCCAUAUUCAUGUUCAGAAUGUGGGAAACGUUUCACACAAAAAUCAUAUCUUGUUUUACACAAGAGAAGUCACACAGGAGUGAAACCGUAUUCCUGUUCAGAAUGUAGGAAAUGUUUUGCCCAGAAAUCAACUUUAGUUAUACAUGAGAGAAGUCACACAGGGGAGAAACCAUAUUCAUGUUCAGUAUGUGGGAAAUGUUUUGCAGAUAAAAGAAAUCUUGUUACACAUGAGAGAAUUCACACAGGACAGAAGCCAUAUUCAUGUUCAGAAUGUGGAAAAUGUUUCACACAAAAAUCUAAUUUUGUUUUUCACGAGAGAAGUCACACAGGAGAGAAGCCAUAUUCAUGUUCAGAAUGUGGGAAAUGUUUUGCAACAAAAUCAUAUCUUGUUAGACAUGAGAGAAGUCACAUAGGACAGAAGCCGUAUUUAUGUUCAGAAUGUGGAAAAUGUUUCACACGAAAAUCACAUCUUGUUUUACACAAGAGAAGUCACAAAGGAGUGAAAUCGUAUUCCUGUUCACAAUGUAGGAAAUGUUUUGCCCAGAAAUCAACUUUAGUUAUACAUGAGAGAAGUCACACAGGGGAGAAACCAUAUUCAUGUUCAGUAUGUGGGAAAUGUUUUGCAGAUAAAACAAAUCUUGUUACACAUGAGAGAAUUCACACAGGACAGAAGCCAUAUUCAUGUUCAGAAUGUGGAAAAUGUUUUACACAAAAAUCUAAUUUUGUUUUACACGAGAGAAGUCACACAGGAGAGAAGCCAUAUUCAUGUUCAGAAUGUGAGAAAUGUUUUACAACAAAAUCAUAUCUUGUUAGACAUGAGAGAAAUCACACAGGACAGAAGCCAUAUUCAUGUUCAGAAUGUGGUAAAUGUUUUACACGAAAAUCAUAUCUUGUUACACAUCAGAGAAAUCACACAGGAGUGAAACCGUAUUCCUGUUCAGAAUGUAGGAAAUGUUUUGCCCAGAAAUCAACUUUAGUUAUACAUGAGAGAAGUCACACAGGGGAGAAACCAUAUUCAUGUUCAGUAUGUGGGAAAUGUUUUGCAGAUAAAAGAAAUCUUGUUACACAUGAGAGAAUUCACACAGGACAGAAGCCAUAUUCAUGUUCAGAAUGUGGAAAAUGUUGCACACAAAAAUCACAUCUUGUUUUUCACGAGAGAAGUCACAAAGGAGAGAAGCCAUGAUCAUGUUCAGAACGUGGGAAAGGUUUUACACAGAAAUCAAAUGUUGUUACACAUGAGUGAAUUCACGCAAGAGAGCGAACCUGUAAUGCUGAUUUGCUAUCUGGCAGCACAUGUGUGCAAGCAUUACUACGAAUCUGGCAGGCUGUUCUCCUGCCAGAACAGACUGUCGGACAAACCUAACACUAAUGUUAAAGUAGCCUUACAAAGUUGGGGCUAUAUAGUAACAUGAUUCGCUCCACAGCAAGUCUCAGAAUAGUCAAGCAACUUGUCUCACACAGAUUUUUUUAGCUGUUAUUUUUUUGGAUGGAAUUAUCCUGGCUCUAUAAAAUAAUGUAAUGCUCAGAAGAAAAGAGCCUUGUUUACUUCCAGAGCAGCGAAUAUAAACUGUCUUCAUGAACCUUGCUUCUUAUCAGUGUAUUCACACCUCCACCCACACUGCGGGAGAGUCCAGAGUGACAUGGGGAGAAGUAACAACGUUCCAUGUAAUUGUUUUAUAACGUAUGUGGACAUAGUAAUAUUUCAUCUUCAUACAGUAUUUAAAGGUGUUCUCCAGCUUUUGGUUCAAUUAGUGAACAGUGGUAAUCUGUAAGGGGCAGCUCUUUUACAUA